CAAACUUAAGAUGUAGUGCUGCUAACACACGCUGUAACCACAAAAAUGCAAUUCUAAGAACAACAAAAAGAGCCUGAUUGUAUACAUUGGCAAGUACUAUGAUAAAAAUGCUAUCAUUAACACUUGCUAUAAGAAUUAAAAAAAAAAAAAAAAUUCACAAAGGGCUAAAAGUUAAGAAUGAGAAUAUAUAUUCCUCUCUUCAGAAAUUAAGUAGCUCUCUCCCUCUCUUUAGAAAUUGGGACUCUAAAGGAGUUUACAAAUGUGAUGCGGGUUAGAAUCCAAAAUCUCACCUAUUGUCUCUCUAGAAUUCAAAAUCCCACCUUGCCCAUAGACUACAAAGCCUUUGGUCACCUCCUCCAACACUGCACAGACCACUCCCUUCUUUCUCUAGGCCGCCAGCUCCACGCUCGCCUCACACUCCUCGCCAUCUCCCCUCGCCCUUACCUUGCAUCCAAACUGCUCUCUCUCUAUGCAAAGUGCAACCGCCUCGUUUUCUCUCUCAUCCCGGAGCCCAACCUCUUCGCCUUCAACGCCCUCCUCAUUGCUCUCUCUCUCCAUGAUCUCCACUCCGAAACCUGUGAAACGUUCUCUCUCCUUGUUUCUUCCAAUCUUCGGCCGGAUAACUUCUCUCUCACCUGUCUCCUCAAGUCUGAGCCCUCGGUUUGUCGAGAGGCCCAUGCUUACUCUCUCCGCCUCUAUCUUAUCGAUGUCGACUCCUUUGUUCCAAACUCUCUCGUCACCGCAUAUGCGAAUCAUGGGCGAAUUUGUUAUGCCCGCAAUGUGUUUGAUAAAAUGGGGGAGAGAGACGUGGUUUCUUGGAAUGCCAUGGUUUCUGGUUAUUCACAAGCCGGACUUUAUGAGGAGUGUUUGGGUGGUUAUAGAGAGAUGGUGAAUUUGUCAGGGUGUAGGCCAAAUGGGGUCACUGCAAUGAGUGUUUUCCAGGCUUGUGGUCAUCUUGGUGAUAUGAUUUCAGGUAUGGAAAUGCAUAAAAGAUUGUUGCAGAGUGGUGUUGAAUUGGACAAUGGUGUUUUGAAUUCUUUGGUUGGGUUUUAUUCGAAAUGUGGGGCAUUGGAUUAUGCUCAGAAACUCUUUGAGAGCAUGUUACAUAGAGAUUCAAUUUCUUGGGGUGUAAUGAUUUGUGGGUAUUUUCAGCAUGGGAGGUGUCUCGAAGCCAUGGGCCUUUUUGAGAAGAUGAAAAGAACCCAUAGUCCAUUUCUCAAUCUGAGUACUUGGAAUGCAGUGAUCUCUGGCCUUGUUCAAAAUGCUCAAUUUGGAAGAGCUUUGCAAUUGGUUAAAGAAAUGCAGAGAGAUAAUGACGUGUUCAGGCCCAACUCUGUAACCAUAUCAAGCAUUCUCCCAGCUUGCUCUUACUUCUCCUCUCUCAUCAUGGGAAGAGAAAUCCACUGUUACUCUAUUCGAACCAACCAUGAUUCCAACUUUUACGUGGUGACCGCUCUGAUAGACAUGUAUUCAAAGUCAGGGAACCUGAAUGGAGUUCUUCAAGUUUUUAGAAGCACAGUGAAGAAGAGUGUGGUAAUUUGGACUUCAAUCAUGGCUGCUCAUGCAUCACAUGGCCAAGCCUUGGAAUCUCUCAAGCUCUUCUCAGAGAUGCAAUCACAUGGGGUCAAACCAGACCACGUGACCAUAACUUCAGCUCUUUCAGCUUGUAGCCAUGGUGGAUUGGUAGAUAAAGGUCAAUAUAUUUUUUCUAACAUGGUUAGAGAUUAUGGUAUAGAACCAGGAUUAGAGCACUAUGGGUGCAUGGUUGAUUUGUUGGGCCGAUCAGGUAGGCUGGAGGAAGCAGCAAAAAUGAUAGAGAGUAUGAAAAUCAAGCCAGGUUCUCGAGUUUGGGGUUCAUUGCUUGGAGCUUCGGUGGCUUAUAGGAAUGUGAGGUUGGCUGAGUGGUCUAGUGAGAGAUUGUUUGAGAUAGAGCCCGAAUGUGUAGGAAAUUACGUGUUGUUGGCUAAUGUUUAUGCGAAAGUGGGGAGGUGGGAGGAUUCAGAGAGGGUUAGAGGGAUGAUAAGGGAGAGAGGACUGAGGAAGAAGCCUGGGUGUAGUUGGGUGGAGGUGAACAGAGCGUUGCAGAGCUUUGUGGUGGGGGAUAGGUGGAAGCCAAGGUUGAAGGAGGUGUAUGGAGUGCUGGAGGACUUGGCAGAACAGAUGAGUGAUGAAGGGUAUGUAGGUGUUGCUUUGGAUGAGUUGGAUGGGGAGUAUGUGUAAUGAAGAGUGUGCGUGAGUGCACACAAACACAGAGUGAGAGAGAGAGAGAGAGAGAGACCCAACCCAUCACAAGAUGGGAAGUGCAAAUUGAAUUCCCUUUGAAAUGGAAAGAACUGCCUUGUGAUAUUCUUACUUACAUUCUAUUCAAAUUUUAAUCUUAAUACUGAUAUUUAAGUUCAAGGAGGAUACUGUUAUUGUGCAAUAUGAUAUAAAGGGAAUCAAGAUGCAGAUGUAUGUC